AUGGAUAACUAUAAACAACUUGUUUUUGUAGCAAAGCCGAAAUGGACAGUGAUUCUGACAGCCACAGCAUGCGGUGCAAGUGCCUUGGUCCUUUUGCUGAAAUGGUUUGGACACCAACAGUCGUGGAGGAAAAUUCAGAAAGCAAAAGUGCGAAGAGAAAAGUCGCUGCAACGAGCAGAGCAUGCUGUCUGUCAGUUCAACGAGUCGCACCCUGAGACAGACACCUCUCUCAUCCUCUCACUGUCCCUGGCUGAGCUGUCCAAACAACUGAAGGAUGGAACACUAACUCCACAAGCUGUGUUCCACUCAUACAUGGAAAAGACCUUGGAGGUGAAUAGGAGACUGAACUGUUGCACUGAGGUCCUGCUGGAAAGUUGGGAUCAGCUGGAGGAUAUUGACUCUCACAAGGAUGGUCUCCUUUAUGGGGUCCCUGUCAGUAUCAAGGAAAAUAUUGGAUACAAGGGUCAUGACUCUACGUGUGGCGUAAUCUGUAAAUUGGACCUGCCCGCCACAGGGGACAGUGUGCUAGUUGAAGUGUUGAAGAGACAAGGCGCCAUUCCCUUCGUCAAGACCAACGUGCCCCAAGGCCUGCUAAACUUUGACUGUGGUAACCCUAUCUAUGGGCUGACUCUGAACCCCCACAACCCCCAGAAGACGUCAGGGGGCUCGUCGGGCGGGGAAGGGGCGCUGAUCGGAGGAGGGGGCUCGGUUCUGGGCAUAGGGUCCGACAUCGGGGGCAGCAUCCGCAUCCCAUCAUCCUUCUGUGGGAUCUGUGGCUUCAAGCCCACGGCCAACAGGCUGAGUUCGCGAGGUGCUAGCUCCUGUGUCCGGGGCCAAAAGUCAGUGCUGUCGUCCCUUGGGCCCAUGGCAAGAGACGUCGACAGCCUGGCUCUCUGUAUGCAUGCUCUGCUCUGUGACCACAUGUUCAUCCUGGACCCCACGGUACCACCCAUCCCAUUCAACCAACAGGUAUACCAGAGCUCCAAGCCCCUGAGGAUUGGUUACUAUGAGAACGACGGCUAUGCCAUGCCCUCUCCAAGCAUGGGCCGAGCCCUGAGGGAGACCAAGGCAUUGCUGGAGAAAGCAGGGCACACGUUGGUUUCCUUCAUACCCCCAAGGCUGACCUAUGCCAUUCAUGAGCUGGUUAUCAGGGGUCAUUUCGGCGACGGAUGUACUACCUUGCUUAGCAACCUGAAAGGGGAUCCUGUCGACCCGUGUCUCAGGGUUCAGAUUAUCCCCUACAAUCUGCCUCGCACUGUGAAGAAAAUCCUCUCCAUUCUCCUCAAGCCUAUAUUUCCCCGCAUCGCUGCCUCUCUGGAUAGCCUGCGUGGAUUUGGCUCUGUGCAAGACCUGUGGAGACAUCACGUGGAUGUGGAAGACUACAUGCAUGAGGUGAUUGCAGAGUGGAGGAGGUGUGAGCUGGACGUGCUGCUGUGUCCCAUGGUUGAUCCAGCCUACAUCCAUAACUACCCUGGCGAGCUCACCAGUACACUCACCUACACCAUUAUCUACAAUCUCCUUAAUUUCCCUGCUGGGGUGGUUCCUGUCUCCACGGUUACAGCAGAGGAUGAGGAAGAACUCAGGCACUACAAGGGAAACUAUGGGGACAUCUGGGACAAGCUCUACAAAAAGGCAGUGACUGGUGGAGUGGGGCUUCCUGUGGCCGUCCAGUGUGUGGCCCUGCCCUGGCAGGAUGAGCUCUGUCUGCGAUUCAUGAGAGAGGUCGAGAUGCUGGUCAGAGAGGAUAAGACAUGAGAGGUCGACGGAGAGAGAGAGAAUGGUAACGGGGACCUGUUUGAUCAAGCAGUUAAAACUUUUAUGUACAUAAAUGUUACUGAGUUUUAGAAGUAGUAAAAAUUCAAUAUAACAUUGUUCUUGUGAUGCGAGGUAACUUGAGGAGGCCCCCUGGCCCAGGUAAUCCUAAAUGUCUAAGAAAGCAGAUUGGUGUGAAGACCGAUCCAAGUGCACUGAGAAACACUGAGGGUUGUUCUUGGCUGCUAUCAGCGCACCAGACCUUUCAAUAGGAAUUCAUCAGUAAUUUAAGUACAUGGGAAGUAAUAUUUUCU